UUAUCCGUUGUAUCCCCAUAUUAUUUCUUAAAUACAGUUCAUUGCAGCACUUGUUACACUGGAAGUAUGUGAGCGAGGAACUGCAGGACAGGAGACAUAAUACGGCAACAUCAACCUACAGCAGAAUGACAGCACUGCCAUCAAUUUUGUACCUAUUUUUGUGUCUCUCAUGGCAAACAUCCAGCGGCUUAUCGGAGGAAGAUUUUCAAGACCUUUUAGCGCAAGCUAUGCUCCGUUUGGAUGACAACACCUACAUUUCUUUACAUCGAGCGAAGCGCGCAGCCAGCCAGGAUAUGGCCAGCUAUGAAGUUGAGAUUGAAAUAAGCUUCCCUGAUGCCGCUUUGGCCACAAAUUACACAAACCUUUUGAAGAACAUGGACACUUAUACUUCACUUUCAGAUACUGUAAAGGUACUCAACCUAACAAUCCCUGGGUCAAAUCCAGAUAUAACAAUUUCUCCAGACCCCAUUUUCCAAGGAGACACUGUAACAAUUAAUUGUAUGUUCAGUGCGCCUGGCGACAUUUCCUGGUAUUUUAACUCAAUAACACCAAUUUUAGCCAAUCAAAAAUACAACACCUCUUCCGGUCUGCAAGGCACAAUGGUGCAAUAUACACUGAUGAUAAGAAAUGUUAUUGAUACUGAUAAAGGUAGUUACACCUGCUCUCUUACGUCUAGUGGAACAUCACUCGAUCAAACCACAACCAUCAGCACAAUUAAGACAUUACAGAUUUAUCAUUUGAAUGGGAUCAUUGAAAAGGACUCGUACUGUGAUGGCGCUGCCUUUAACCUGACAUGCUGUAGUUCUGACAUCAGUAAAUUUAAUGUGACAUGGACUUCAAUUGACCCUUCAGGGACCAAGACAAGCGAUGGAAAUUGCAGCAUAUACACUCUGAUCCCCAGCAUUAGCUUUUGUCCCUCCCUUGCUGUCAAUUGCAACUGUAAUUUUACCCGAAAUGAAGGCGCAACCCUUUCAAAUACAAUAAAGGUGAACUACAUACAAAGAGCCAUCAUCAGUUUCACACCAUCAUUGUCAUCAUAUGAUAUAUCAGCUGGCAAAAGUUUGACAAUAAUUUGCAAUACCAACAGUCCAGUCAGUUCUACAGCCUGGGCAAAAGGCACCCUCACUAAUAUUGUAGACAGUGACAAUACAUUAAAUGCAAGUAUUGCAACAACAGCCUGGUCCGGCACCUACGUUUGUAUUGUCUAUCAGAGGAGCCUUCCCACAUCUGCCAGCGUCAGGGUGAAUAUUGUACCUUUGCCUAGAAUAGAAAUGAUAUCGGUUUACACUCCGACACCAGUUAUAACAAGCUGUGGUACACAGGCACAAAUAUUCUGCUGUAUACCUACCUCCGAUUUCUCUAAUUACACAAUACAAUUCUCAAAUGACAACUCGCCCACACAUGGUAACACUGAUUCAACUUCAAAUUGUUAUUUCACCUACGUAACUGUCGGUUGUACUACUGGAGCAACAACCCCUGUCAGCUGUGUGGUCUCCAAUCGUCUGGGUGACGGUGUCACAAGUGAUAACAUAAUUGUCAGCUAUGUUAAAAAAUCAUCAGGAGACUGCAAGGAUGACACUUUCCAAAAACUUCCUCCAUCUCCCAGUGGUUAUACAUAUUAUGUGUCAUGUGUGACCAUUGAUAAAGAUUGGCUGGGCACAAUAAAUUACACCUGCACAGAUGGGAUUUGGUCCAAGACAGUAAAUGGCUGCUACUCUGCAGUCGUUUUCCAGCAGCUGGUGACUGUUCAGGAUGCAAUUAAAGGUCCAGCAGUACAGCAAGCUUUGCAGGGAUUACUUCAAGAUAUCAGUAACACAGCCAUCAACGAGACAAAAAACAUUCAAGGCUCCUCCCAAACUCUACAGCUCAUGGUGAACAUCAUAUCCACAGUCUCAACCGCAAAUGUAACAGUGGAGCCUAUCGUGAUGCAGAACUUUAUAAAGACAGUUGAUGUCGUGGUGGGCGCAUCCAGCGCUUGGAGCAGCAAUGAUAAAAAAAGUGUAACUAUUCUGAAUUCUGUUGAGAAAUUUGCAGAAAAUCUUAAUUUUAAUGGCACAAUCGAUUUCAAAAAUGAUUCCCUCAGCAAUAUUCAGCUUUAUGGACAAGUUGUGAGCAAAGAUAAAAGCUACAAUACGAAUUUCUCCUUGCAAAAUUUUACUGGAAAUGUGUCUAUCGAUGGGGGCACAUUAACAAGCAACUCUACCACAAUAGUUACCAUUGCUUACGGAACAAUGAAGGACAUUUUGCCACAAAAUACCACACAGGGGUCGGUCAGCGGGCUGGUUAUGUCAACAAUCAUUGGCAAGAACUCAAGUACACACUAUAAUAGCAGUACAUUUAAAAUAAAUAUGACCUUUUCUGAGAAUAGUACAUCACCAGAGAAUCAAAAAUGUGUCUGGUAUGACCUGGAUCAGAACAUUUGGAGUAGCAGCGGUUGUACCCCCAUUAGAGUAGACAAUGUGACAUUAUGCUCAUGUGACCAUUUGACUUCUUUCUCAGUUCUUAUGGGAUCAUCAAUUACACAUCAGGAAGCUGCAAAACCUUUAGAAAUCAUUACUUACAUUGGAGUCGGAAUCUCUCUCGCUUGUUUGGUGAUUACUCUCCUCAUCGAGGCCUUAGUGUGGGACUCGGUUAUCAAAAACAAGACCUCCUACAUACGUCACGUCUGCCUGGUUAAUAUUGCCGUUACGCUUCUGGUAGCCGAUAUCUGGUUUAUCAUUGGAGCGGCACUAGUGGAGAAAAACAAAGGAUCAGCUGCCUGCAAAGCUGCUGCCUUCUUUAGCUUCUUCUUCUACUUGUCUUUGUUUUUCUGGAUGCUGACCACGGGACUUAUUCUCUUUUAUCGCAUGAUCUACGUCUUGCAUGACAUGAGUAGGAAGACCAUGAUGAUCAUAGCUUUCCUCCUGGGUUAUGGAUGUCCACUCCUUAUAACCAUUGUCACCGUGGCUUCAACGGAACCCAGUAAAAGAUUUAUAAGCAGCGAAUUCUGCUGGCUUGACUAUGAUUCCUCAAAAUCGUUUCUUGCCUUUGUGGUGCCAGCUUUAACCAUUGUGUUUGUUAACAUACUGAUCCUGGUGGUGGUCAUAUUCAAAUUAAUGAGGCCUACAAUUGGGGAACAAUCAGGAAAAGAAGACAGGAAAAUUUUGAUUUUGAUUGCUAAAACCAUGGCAAUCCUCACGCCUCUUCUCGGAACCACCUGGGGAUUCGGGCUGGGAGUCGUAAUUCAUCCCGACAGCCAAUGGAUCAAUGGAAUAUUUGCUGCGCUCAACUCAUUUCAGGGUUUGUUCAUUUUGAUAUCAACUGUGCUGCUGGACCAAAAGGUGAGAAAGGCGGUAAGAAGCAGCAUAACGUCUUCCUACUUCAGAACACUCAGGUCCAAGGGCCAGACAUCAUCUACAGAUUCAUCAGGAACGUCAAAGCCAAAGAAAAGGAAGAACCCCUUCAACACAGGAUUUUUCGGCAAAAAAGCUGUCUACCAUCUCUACUCGACUCAAGAUUCAACUGAAACAUCUGGAAAUUCAUACUCAGUGCUCACAUAAAAGACGGCAGCUAGAUAAUGUGAUGAACUUGGGGGAGUGGAUCAUUAUUGUACUAACGAGUAAAAAAAAAUCAAUUUAUUCAUGCCAGAUUCCCACAACUUUCACAUAUUUUCACACAUAAUUCAAUUAGAAAAAUGUGUAAAUCUUCUGUGAAAAGAAAUAGUCUCUCCGGUUAUGUUGUACACUAAUAUACAACGUGAUGUUCUUAUAAUUACCAAAAAAAUUAUCUUAGUGUGUCCUUGGUGGAAAGGAAAUAGCAGGCCAAAAUGUGAAACAUUUUAUUGUAGGCUCUGAGCUUUAAUUUCAGUUUAAUUUCUCCAAACAUAUAUUUUGGGCUAUUGCAUACAUAAAGUUUCUGUUACCCUAAAUAAUACCCUUAAUACAAUUUCUCAUAUCCCACCAAUGUGUAGUGAUACAACAUGCCUGGAGCGCAAUACAAUGAAAAGUACAAAAUGCUAAGCUAAACUCUCAAAGAAAAGUUAAUCAAAAGAGAUAGUUAAUCUUUAAUAGUUAAAGCGGAGGUUCACACAAAAAGUGAACCUCUGCUUUUCGGAACCCUCCCCCCCUCCGGUGUCACAUUUGGCACCUUUCAGGGGGAGGGGGUGCAGAUACCUGUAUAAUACAGGUAUUUGCACACACUUCCGUGCAUAGAUAUCUGCAGAAUCUGCGGAUAAUCUAUGCCACUUCCUGUCCCCCCCGCUGUCUUCUGGGAGAUAGAAGACAGGAGGGACCACUUCGAUUGCGCAGCGCGACUCGGGCGUGCACAGUAGUGAACCGGGAAGUGAAGCAGCAAGGCUUCAUUUCCUGAUUCCCUUAGCAAAGAUGGCGGCAGCAGCCGAGGACCGGGACACGCGUCAGGUGCCGACAUCACGGGUGAGCUGGACAGGUAAAUGUCCAUAUUUUAAAAGUCAGCAGCUGCAGUAUUUGUAGCUGCUGGCUUUUUUAAAAAGAAAACAUUUUGGUGGGCCUCUGCUUUAAGAAAAAUAUAAAAUCCAUAAAAGGCUGGUCAAUAAGUAACAAAUUGGCCUUACAAGGUAAAGUAGAGCCAAGAAUAUACCAUAACUAUGGGUCUGCUGGUGGCCAAAAUUGUGUUUUUUUUUAUGUGUUAGGAUUUUAUUGAGGGGGUGGGAUAGAAGUUGUUUAGGUUGAUAUUUCCAUGUUUGGUAGAUGCUAAAACUACCAAACUGUUUUUUUUUAUCUCUUGGAGACUGCAUUGGUGAAUCGGAAUGGUGAUUUUCAUAGUUCAUGAGUUUAUGGAGAGGGUGAUGAUGGGAUUUCCGUUGUUUCAUACAGGUUGAAGUGUCCCAAAACUGAUAUUUCUAUGUUUGGUAGAUGCUAAACAAUAAAGUUACCCAACAGUUUGUUAUAUCUCUCAGGGACUAUAGUGGUAGGCCAGAAUGGUGUUUUUCAUCGUUCAUAUGUUUAUGGGUUGCGAUUGGAGCUGUUUCCCCAAACAGGUUGAGGUGAUCUAAAGCUGACAUCUCUGAGUAAAAUUACCUAAACUUUCUAUAUACUUUAUAUUAAAGAGAACGUAAUAGGAGGAGCUGGUGUGUGGAAACGCCCAAAUCUCCAGGUAGACAGGAAAAGAUUCUGGAAUUAUGGCAUGUAAAAUUGUUGGAGUAUCCAAUACCUAUAGGAAACCAGGGGCUCCUCCUGUAUGUAAAGUAUCACUUUUAAAUGGGCAGCCCCUUUAAGGUCAGCCCACCUACAGUGUUUUCUUAUACUUUUUGUUCCAAUGUUUCACUUGUUUAUUUUUGUAUGAUAUAAUUCAAGUAUGUUGUUUAAGUUGCAGAACCAAUAAAACACCUUUGCUGUA